UGAUCCAAGUGGGUCCUUUUUCAAACAAUUACUUGAAGAUAGAAAGGAGAUGUUUAAGGAUUCUGAUUCAUCAACACUUUUGCCAAUGUCUGCUAAAUGUCAAGCUUUUAAGGACAACAUGCGCGAGGGAAUUCUGGAUGGUCAAAACACUCAAGUGUCAUUUGAUAACUUCCCUUAUUAUUUGAGUGAAAACACAAAAAAUGCGUUGAUUUGUCCUAUCUACAUACAUUUGAAGCGCAAGGAGUUUGCCAAGUUUACCACAGAUCUUCCUACUGUUAGUGCAAGAAUUUUGUUAUCGGGUCCUUCAGGUUCAGACAUAUAUCAGGAGACAUUGGCACAAGCACUUGCCAACUUUUUUGGUUCCAAAUUGCUUAUAGUAGAUGCAAACUCAUUACCAAAUGUAAGUGCAUGAUUGUGUUUGCACAUGUUUGUCUUGAUUUUUUUUGUUUUUCAAUUUAUUUUUCCUUGUUUAAUUUCUUUAGAACUUU